AUGGAGACCUCCGUCUACUCUGGUGAAGGCAAAGAACGCUUGUCGCUGUUUCUUUGGUUCCGAGAGGUUGAUAUCGCUAUCGCAUCGAGACUUCUAGAGGCUCCUCAAGCGAGGGUCUACUUCCUCCUUUCCGGUCUCAGUGAGAAAGCGAAGGAGUAG